AUGGAUCCGGACGAGCCCGAAACAGCCGAGUCAUCAAGUAGCAAAUCAUACCACCCAAUUCUGAUGUUAAAACCACAAGGGGAAGUGUCCCGGGCUUACAACCUUCAGGUUGAAAUGAAAGUCGACGACAAACAAUUCGCAGAUGUACAAGGUCUAAUCUCGUGA